GACUUGUGUGGUUUAUAUGCGUUCAGUUCUCCAGCUUGAUAUUACCACAUUAUUGACAUAUCGUCUUCUCAUCAGCUGGACAGUCGUUAAUUGGCAAGCCAGGCGGCACAACAACAGUCGGUUUUUAAAAUCUUUAAAAUGUUUCAAAUAAAAAUAAUUUUACUUUUACCCUUUGUUUCAACUCUAAUCCAAGCUGAAAAACAUAGUUGUACAAAACAAGGAAAGGCUGGAGAAACGAUACAGAUUUGCUGUGCGGGCUACGUGGGCAACGGCACACAUUGUACGGCCUUUUGUACGAAUGGUUGCAUCAAUGGCAAAUGCAUUGCUGCAGAGCACUGUGAGUGCAACGAAGGUUUUGCCAAGAAACGGGGCCGGCAAUGUGAGCCAAUAACAGCAAAUUCCCAGCAACAGUUGUGCCACGAACGCUGCAUCAAUGGCACAUGCUCGGAUGGCUUGUGUACCUGUGGCCAGGGAUGGCGGCUGCAGCAAAAUAAAAGCGCCGAUAUUUGUGUGCCGCAACGUGGGAAUAGCCUAAGUAAUUCGAGUGACAGUUGUGUGAAUGGAUAUUGUAGUGCACCGGGUAAUUGCAGUUGUUUUGCGGGCUUCGAACUGCUGCCAGGUAAUAGACAGGAGUGUGUACCUUCAAUGAAUGACAUCAGUUUGAGCAAAUUGCUGGCCACUUGGCCACAAUAUCAUAGCGAGAUAAUUAUUGCCACAAUAACGCUGAUAUUCGUAUUAUUGGCUAUUUAUUACUUAUUUUACCGAAUUUAUAGACUGGAAACGAAAAAAGGAAACGUAGAGCUGAACUGUGAAACAAACAAAUUAGUAUCUUUAAAAGUCGUUAAUUAAAUUUAUUUUACUUACUAUCGGAAUUCAUAACACGGAGCCUAGCAUAUUAGAAUCGCAAAAAUUAACUGAAGACAUAAACUUUGAUCAUGGCUUUUAGUACUCUUUGUUGAUGUAAAUGCAUUUCAUUCAUUAUUAAACACCAGACGUUUCUUGAUCUGAGAAACCUUCACCUGAAUGGCGUAGCAUUAGUUAGCUAUUACUGUAUAUUUAUCUUUUCGCACAUAUAUCAGUCAGAAAGAAAAGUGCGAAGAAAUAAUAAAAAAUCAGAGCAAAAAUAUGGUUGCAAGUUUGGGUUGUCUGUGGGUUUUACAUGUUUGUAUGUUAAAAUGUAUAUAUUAAAUAAAAAGACAAGAACUAC